AUGUAUAUACCUGGAUCAAUGAUAAAUAAUCAUCAACAACAAACAUCAUUUCUUAAUCAUCAUCUAUUACAUGAAUUAAAUACUCGAUAUUUACAUGAUAUAAAUACCAAUGGAAAUAAUAAUCUUUCAACAUUUCUUCGUCCUGAACAUAUACAUAAUUUAAAUAGUUUAUCAACAUCGAAUAAUAAUUUUUCACCAUUUUCACGUCCUAAUAUUUCUACUUCAUCUGUUCUAUCAACACAAACAAAUCCAAGAUUUCAUUUAAAUUCUAUUUCAAUGAAAAAAGAAAAUUUCUCAUCUUCAAUUAAGAAUUCUAAGAAAUGGUGUUCAGCUCAUGUUCGAAUAUCUUGGAUGAUUUAUCAACAUCAACAACAUAAUUCAUCUGAUCUUAUUCCAAAGGCAAAUCAUCUAGCAUCACUAUUUAAUUAUCCAUCUCCAUUGAAUCAUUCUAAUACUAUUGGUUGUAUUCCACCUUCAUCAAAUAAUGCAUUCGGUGGUCUAGGAACUUUAUUUUCUCCAAUUCCAGUACAAAUCGAUAGAAAAACAACAACUACUGUUAAUCAUGAUAAAUCUCAAUUUCAUCGAAAAAUUGAAUCACAUUCGAAACACAAUCAUAAUGCUCCGCCUAAAAAUAUCAAUGAAAUAAAUCGAAAACGUUCAUCCAUUCCUCUCACAUCAUUGAAACGUUCACGUUCCCGUUCGCCACAAUUACCAUCAUCAUCAAAUAUAAAUUCUUCGAUUGAACAACAAUAUCGAUUAGCAUCUACAGCACAAACGAAUACUUAUUUUCCAUUAAUAUCUCCUAGAAUAGCUACAUUAAUGCAACAUGAAUAUUUUCUAAAUUCAUUACGUUUAUCAGCUGCAAACAGUAAUCUUAAUAACUCACCAUUAAAUAUAAAAAAUUCGAUAUCAUCUAAUUCAUCUAAAAAAGCUAAAUAUGUUAAAAACAAAAAAGAAUCAUCCAUUUCUUCGAAUUAUGAUUUAAUAUCGAAUUCAUUAUUGUAA